UAUUUAGCUUUCCUUCAAUUUAAUACGAUUCCGAAAAUAAAAUAUAAUUGUAAGCCAGAAUGAAUAGAAAUUUGUUUGAAGGAUCAGAUGAAAGUGAUGGAGAGGAUCUCCAAAUAAGCACCAAUAAGGAGUAUGCAAAAUCAUAUAAUAGUUUUCGUAAAAAGGAGUUAUUAAAAAAAUUUAAGGAUCGUGGAUAUGAUGUUAAUUCCGAGUCAUCAAGUGAUAGUGAGUCGUCGUCAGAAGAAGAUGAAGUGGUCGAUAUAAAAUUUGAUAAAGAAUUCCUUAAAACCUUGUCGUCAUUAAAAAAUAAGGAUCCAACGAUAUAUGAUAAAAGCACACAAUUUUUCCAAUCUAUAAAUGAAGAUAACGAUGAAGCUGAAGAUAAAAAAAAUGUGACAAAAGAUAAAAAACAUAAACCAGUAACGUUAAAGGAUUAUGAACGUCAAGUUAUUUUGGACAAAGGCGGAAUAUUUGAAGAUGAAAUAGAUUCCGAAGAGGAUACCCCAAAUCGAAUACCAUCACCAACGUUCGCCGAAGAGGAGCGUAAAUUAAAAGAAGAAUUUAAGAAUGUGGUUAACAAAAACGAUUCAGAGGACGAUGAAGCUAAUGAAGACGCCUUUGGAGGAAUUUUCAAAAAAAGAAAUAAAACGAAAGACGAGCAAGACAAAGAAGAUGCAGAUUACUUGAAAUGGCUGGCUGGACAAAAGGACGACAUAGAAGAUCCCAUAAAAGAAUCCUUAAAACCCCUUAAAAACUACUGGAACAGUAACAACUUGCCACAAAGUGAACGCUUUUUACGAGAUUAUAUUUUGAAUAAAGGUUAUGGAAACACCAAGUCUUCAGAUAUUCCCACUUAUGAUGAAAUCGUUGGGGAUAAUCAACCAUUGUCGGAGGACGAACAGGAACUGGAAAAACAAGCGGAAUUUGAACAAAAAUACAAUUUCCGCUUCGAAGAACCCGAUGCUGAGUUCAUAAAACGCUAUCCUAGAACAAUUGAGCAAUCCGUACGCCAAACCGACGAUCGGAGGAAACAAAAAAGGCAAGAAAUAAAAGAACGCAAAAAGUUUGAAAAGGAACAGAAAAUGCAAGAGCUAGAAAUAGUAAAAGAAAUGAAGCGAAAAGAGAUUGAGGAUAAAAUACAAAAAAUUAAAAUGGUAACCGGCAAUGAAGAACUUGGCUUUAAAGACGAAGAGCUUGAGGAAGACUUUGAUCCGGAAGCGCAUGAUCGACGAAUGCAAGAAAUAUUCAAUGACGAAUAUUAUCAAGUGGACGAAGGCGAAGAAAAACCAGAAUGUCCAUCAGAUAUUGAGGAAUUAAAAGUGGAGGACUGGGACAACUAUGAUCCGAAUGUGGAAGAUGGCGAAUAUUAUAAUGAUACUCAUUGUGAAGAUGAAGACUUCAAUAUGGAUUGUGAUUAUGAUCCCGAGGCGGCUAAAGAACAAUUGCAAAAAGAACUUAUUGAAAAUACAAAAAAGAGAAAAGGCCGAAAAGGUCGUAAGAGCCAAUUUAUGGAAAUGAUUAAGACCGAUAAACCAGUGUUUGAUCCAGUCGAUGAGAAAACUUAUGAAGAAUAUAUUGAUGAAUACUAUAAGUUGGAUUGUGAAGAUAUGAUUGGCGACAUUCCAUGCCGUUUUAAGUAUACAGAGACAACGCCAAACGAUUUCGGCCUCACCAUAGAGGAGAUACUUUUAGCUAAAAAUAAGGAACUUAAUCAAUGGGCAAGUUUAAAGAAAACCAUCCAGAUUCGACCAGAACACUUGGAAAAGAAGGAUCAAAGAUUAUAUAAAUUGAAAGCCAAAAAUGAAGCACUUAAACGAAAAAUAUUUAAAAGUUUAUAUGGCGAAGGGUCGGACGAUGAAGGCGCUGAGGAGGAUAUACUAAUUGCACAGUCAAAUCCUGAAUCCACUGAAAACAAUCUAAUAAACAAUACUGAAAUUAGUAAAAUAGAGAAUAAAAAUAAGCGUAAAGCUCAAGCAGAAGAGGAAACCAAUAAAUCGUCUAGCAUUAACGACAGUAACGAAAUUCCAGACAAAAAACUUAAGUUGGAUGAUCCAAAUCCGAAGGCUGACAAAAGCGCAAAAAUAAAUGAAGACGCGCAAACAAAUAGUAAAAAGAAGCGUAAAAAACGUAAAUCUAAAGCUAGCAAUGCUGCGCCAGAAACCAGCACAUCAGCACAUCAAAAUUCAAACAACCAAUCGCCAAAAGACAAUAAGCCUAACCCAUUUAAAUCCUCUAAACAUAAUCAAUCUUCUUCGACAAGUGCAACCAGCUCUAUUGUCGGAGAGUCGAGUAACUCAGCGUUUGGUAAAACCAAAUCAAGUAACCCAAAUAAACCAAAUCCGUUUAAAGGGAAUAAAAAUAAUAAAGGAAGAGGUAACGGCCAAGCAAACUCGGAGCAGAGCUCUCGGUCUGUAUCCAACAAAAUACAGAAAAAGAAAUUUAAACCGAAUUCAAAGAAAUUCGAUUCAAGUAACAAAGAUUCCAAGGAUGGAGUAAACGUUAGUGACGAUCGUUUAAGGGCAUAUGGAAUCAACCCGAAAAAAUUCCAUAAAAAGCAGAAAUUUGGAAAGCCCCAAAACUAAUUUCAUUUAAAGUAACAUUUUAAAUAAUUUUUACAUUGAAAAGAAAACGUCGUUUUUUUAACUUUUGUGUAAAAAUAGAUUUUAAGAUUAUUUGCCUUUUUGUAAGUUACUAAUUUCACUGUAUAAAAUGGAAAUAUUUAUUUAAAUGUACAUAUAUAAAUUAUAUUUGCGCAAUAUGCUCAAAAUGGAAAAGAAGAGUUAUAGUUU